AUGGCAAGCAAUUCAGCCGCUAUCAAAGUUUUAGUUGCAGAUAUGGAAGAGGAAAUGCAGCAAUUUGCUCAGCAAACGACAAUUCAUGCUUUUGAGUCUAAUAGAUUGGAAAGGGAUAUAGCGAAUAGUAUCAAAAAAGCUUUUGAUUCACAAUAUCAACAGGUAUGGAAUUGCAUUGUGGGAAGAGACUUCGGAAGCCACGUUGUAUAUCAGACGAAAAGGUAUAUUUUCUUAGCUUAUCAUAAUAACGUCAAUGUUCUCAUCUGGAAGUCUAACUAA